CUGCCCUAGGCCCUAGGUCUUUCAUAAGCUGCAGAGCUGUUGUAGCGAUGUUGCGAUGGGCGCUUUUGAUUUUCACAUCCGUUGAGGUGCUUGCGCUUGAUGGCGAUGGUUCGACCAAGGCUAAUGUGGCAAGGUUUCCUCAAGCCGAGCUGAUCGAUGGCUGCUUUUACAAGAACGCAAGGUACUUCUCGCCGUUUUCACAACGAACUAAUGCAACAACCAUUUACGAAUGUCAAAAGAAAUGUGUCUCAACCUCGGAGAUCAAGUGUUUGUAUUUUGGUUUUUGGCCAUCGACGGGUGUUUGCUAUUUGGCGCCUGCUGAUGCAGCUUUCACCGCAUAUUUGUCGGAGGGCGCCUACACUGGCCCAGCUGUCUGUCCUGAGAUACCUACUGUUUGCACAGAGAUUCCCACAGCUGCGUAUCCCGCAGCAAGUCCAGAGAUGUCGAAGAUGGCUUGGCCUAUGCACAUGACACCCCCUAAGCUGUCGUGCUGGCCGAAAGAUUUCAUAGGGAAACGGUACAAGUCCUGCCCUACAAUGACAGUGGUUGAGGACACUGCAACUGGAUGGCCUGGUAAAUGUUUGGGCCUCCGGGAAGUCCUGGUGCCGUACGGAGAGACCUGCCAAAGUUGGUGUGAGAAGCAGAUCGCUUGCUCCGUUUGGCAGGAGGUGGAGCAGAAAAACCCAAAGCAGACGCUUUGCUAUCAGACAUUUUGGAGCCCUGGCUACAAUUGCUACGCUCGAAUUCUGGACAAUGGGACUGAGGAUUUGUCCUUCAAGCCAGUCAGGGCCCAGCGCAUUAUGCAUGGAGAGGUGAGAGUGCUGAAAAAGUUGAGUUUCGUUCACAUCGAUGGCCUGAAGAAUGUCUUUGACGAAAACUAUUUCGCCAAACACGACGACGGAGUACAAGCCUGUCGGACGAUUUGCUAUUCUGACUUGGGAUGCCAGUGGUGGACGUACAGCCGAGCUAGAGGCUGUUAUGUGGAGGACAUUUCCUACCAGGCAUUGCCAGUGCCACUCACCACAGCCAGUUUCCAAGUCUUUGCCAGGGAGGCGAAGGAAGUACUUGACGGAGAGUACAUUCAGCAUCAGUGCAAGGAACUGGGGUAUGCUGCCAUAUCGUCCACUCAAGAGAUUCCCUCAUACACUCCACCGACAAGUGCUACCACAACCACUAUCACAACCACAGAGGUCACCGAAGCAGAGCCAACAACUCAUGCAGCUGCAACCACACAAGGUCUUUUUGUCAGGCCAUCUGCUCCAAGCCCAUCUGCAGCAAGCGAACUCAACAAGCCAGGCCAUGCUCAGAGCUCUGAGGGAGUGACUCACGUGACUGCUUCAGUGAUGGGUGUGGGAGCUUUGGUGGUGAAGGGCAUUGAUCUCAACCUUGUUCCCAGCAGUAUCAGGUCUGACCUAUCGCAACGCUAUGCAGCCCUCAUAGCAACCAACACUGGAUUGAGCAGAGCUGAUGUGCUGGACGUCAACAACAAGGACGGGCAGGUCACUCUGGAGCCGUGGCAAACAGGUGCACCAAUUGUUCGUAGACUACAGACGACAGAGCCUGGCUUCAAGGCAGUCUUCAAACUCUCGGACAAAGGUGAAGAAUCCUUUGCUGCAGCACAACAGGCUUUGACCUCCGAAAGAUUCUACAUGGAGGUGCAGGCAGAGACAUCCCAGAUGCUGAAGCAUACCCUAGCAGGUGGGCAAACACCGAAGGUUGAGGCAGUUCUGCGGAAGGCACAGCCGUCAGACUCACAGCCUGCAAAUGCACCGCCGCAGGGCACUAGCCAUGCAAAUGCAGAGCUCUGGCUCUUCAUUUUGGGCUUCAUCUUGGUGGCGCUGAUCAUUGCCGUUCUGAUUUGGCUAUUCAUGGGCGCGUCUGUGAAGAAGGUCUCCUUCACGAAGAAGGCUGAGACUAAGCAAGGCCAAUUCCGGAAGCUCGGGGACGAGGAAGAGCCGGAAUAUGGACAGGUGAGCAAAGCCAAGAAGAAAGAUGCUGCGCAAUCCCCAACCCGGAGGCAGAUUGAAGAGGCCGAAAUGCGGGCAGUGCAAUUAGCCUCCCGCUUGUCAGAGGAAGUCGAUGAAGUGCGACCGCUUGAUGCCAGCAGCCUUCAAUCAGGAGGCUCUUGUGCUCCUGAUGGGUUCUCCACUGAAUGUCUUGCGAACAGGCAAAGGGUCACUUGACUGCAGGGGGCCCAAGUAGACUUGGCAAACUCUGCUCGUCAGCAGCAUGCCCAUCUAAGUGAGGAGGGAUGACCCGGAAAAAAGUCGACCUUUUCUGAGAUUGCGUUUUUGGAGCUGGACACAUGUCUUUCCAAUAUCACGCAAGUCCUUCUGGCAACAGGUUUGCGC